UACAAUCUUUCGAUGGCCCAAUCCCAGUCCCGUCCACUGGUAUCCUGACCUAGGUUUCACUCCCCACUCCCUCUGCUCUGCUCGACGGCGUCGACGCCGUUCCCUCCCGCCGCCAUGUCCGACCCCGUGGAUACCUCUAGCCCGCGGAAGAAAGGCCGCACUUUGUCUCGUUUCCCGUACGCGUCUCCCCACAGCGACGGCGGGAUGGCAGUCGAGAGACUCACCGACGACCUCCUCGUCGAGAUCCUCGCGCGUCUCCCGGUCAAGUCGCUCUGCCGCUUCAAGUGCGUCUCCAACCACUGGCUGGCCCUCAUCCACCACCCCGAACACCGCAAAAAGCUUCCCCAACCCCUGGCCGGCUUCUUCUACGGCAGCACCACCACCAGCGACAGCUACAGCGAGUGGCUUCUGAAAUCCCCUGUCCGCUUCGCCGAUUUCCCGGGGAGAUGCACCCCUCCGAUCGACACGUCCUGCGCCUUCCUGCCCAACCACCGCCGCGUCCAUCUGCUCGACUGCUGCAACGGCCUCCUCCUCUGCCGCUGGUACGACGCCUCCGCCCAGGGUGAUGAGUUCCAUUAUGUCGUGUGUAAUCCUGCCACGCGGAAGUGGACCGUGUUGCCGGACUCCGGCAAGGCCGCCAGCGAGGUCGCCACCACACGUUUGGGCUUUGAUCCGGCCGUUUCGUCGCAUUUCUACGUGUUUGAGUUGAUAAAUGCGCACGAGCUUUGGGACCCUGACAUUGUCGGAGUGGCAGUGUAUUCCUCUGAAACCAGAAAAUGGGUUUAUAAGGAGAAGAAAUGGAAUGCGGAAAUUAGGAUCAUUAAUCGUCAGUCUGCAUCUGUCUUUCUUAACGGCUAUCUGCAUUUUGUAGCCGAUUGCGGUGGGAUAUCUGUAUCCCCUUGUCUAGCUGUGGUGGACACGGAGGGGGAAACAUGGAUGAACUUUGAUGUCCCUCGAGGUCUGCUUGAUGGUUUUAUUCAGCGGUCACAGGGUCGCCUGCAUUAUGCCAAUUUUCAGCGAGCUGAAGAUGGUGUUACCAUUCGACUAGUAGUUUAUGUUCUCGAGAACUAUCAAAGCAGAGAAUGGAUACUGAAGCAUAGCGUUGACACUUCACACAUAUUUGGAGAAACAGAUUCCCAAUUCGGCCUCGAUGGGGAUUUUGAGUGGAUUGGGAUUCAUCCGGAAUGCAACAUGAUAUUCUUCAAUUUUGGUUGGUUUAUCACAUUCACUUGCUAUAAUAUGGAUAGCGGGCAAGUCAAGCUGAUCUCUGGUCUUGUAGAUGGCAAGCCGCCAUAUAUGCCAUAUGUGCCGUUGUAUGCAGAGUUGCAGUCGUUGCACAUUUGACAUGGAUAUGAGACUGUUGGUGCCUUUAUGAGAAGUUCUUCAUGCUAUGGAACAGCGGGCUUGGUAUGUCUGUUUGGAUCGGGUUCUACGACUGAUGUAUGCAUGCUUUUAAGUUUGGAGCGAUGGUGGUUCUUCAUGGAAUGAACUUGGUUUAUUUCUAUGUGAUUAGGCAUCUAAAAUUAAACUGAAGUUUCUGUUAUCUGUACUGGUUUGUUGCAUACCAAUGGUUUUGGACAACUGCUACCUCCAUGUAUUCGGUGAACAUCGCAUGGUGCUUGAGCGAAUGUACUAUGAUCAUUUAGUAAAAAGACAUGAUCAAUGGUUAUCAUGCAGGACUUUA